AUGGCCGCACCCAUCAACGAGCCAUGCCUUUCACCAACAGAAAGCCUCCCCUCUGAAGAUGAUGAAGAACAACAACUCUUAUUCGAGCUCGACGAGCUCCACAGCCUGAAACCGCCCGAACAACUAUCCACACCCGGCUUACUCCUCCUGACAUGUCCCAGCCUCGGGCUUCAAGUCUGCUGGUUCCUACUACAAUCCAGCGGCACGGUCCGUCCACCAUCCAUCCAUCUCACCCAUCCCUCCCCAUCAUCACAGUCACUAAAAGCAAAGAUGAACCAGCCCUACCUAAGCUCCCUCGGCAUGAGCCCCUCCUCCAUCUCCCUAACCUGGGCCCUGGGCCCCAUCUUUGGCGCCUUCGCCCAGCCCAUAAUCGGCCAGCUGAGCGACGAGCUCCACCACCCGCUCGGCCGCCGGAAGCCCGUCAUGAUCGCCGGCGCCCUCACCACGGUCAUCUCUACCCUGCUCAUGGCCUGCGCCCCCGAGCUCACCGCACCCUUCACCGGCCACCCCCCGGCCGCAGACCCCCCUUGGCAGCCCCGCGCUCUCGCCGUCGCCUGCCUGGUGGUUGUGCUGCUGGCCUUGACCGCCUACUCCGUCGGCGUGCGCGCCAUCGUCGUCGACGCCUGCCCGCCGUCCCAACAAUCCGCCGCCGCCGCCUUUUCCAUGCGCUGGAACGUUCUCGGAUCCGCCGUGCUCUCCACCGCGGGCUUCGUCUCCACCACCAUCACCACCACCAAGCAGUCCUCAGAAACUGACCCCAUCGUCGCAUUUCGCACGCUGGCAUGCGUCGCGGCCAUCUGUUCCGCGGCCACCGUCGGGCUUGUCUGCUGGUUCGUGCCGCGGGAUGCCACGCCGCCACUCCGGCAGUCCGGUUCCGGGUCCGGAAUCGGGCGGGUCUGCGCCAUGUGUCUGCCGGGCGAGCUGGCGCGGCGCUGGAGGCGGCUGCCACCGCUGACGGGCAGGGUCUGCGGCGUGCAGCUGGUUGCGUGGUUUGGGUGGUUUCCGGUCUUGUAUUACAUGUCUACGUAUGCUCACGAAACAGAAUCCAAAGCAAAGCCCUACGCCCUCUACGCAUCCCUCUCCUUCUCCCUCGGAACCCUCCUGUCCACCCUCCUCCUGACCCUUCUCUCUCACAUCUCCAAUGUCCUCCACCCCCGCAGCCUCUCGCGCCUCUGGUUGCUCUCCCAGGUCCUCGCCACCGCCUCCCUCCUCCUCACAAUCCCCUUCCAAACCUCCACAGCCUCCCUCGUCCUCCUCUCCCUCAUCGGCGCAACCCAGGCCGUGACGAUGUGGGUCCCGUUUGCGCUGAUCAACACUGAACUUGCCGAGGUGCGUACCGGCGUGGCGGGCGUCCAGGGGCUGCACAAUAUGGCCAUUUCGCUCCCGCAGGUUGCCAGCGCGCUGGUUUGCGCUGCGGUGCUGGCGGGGCUGGAUUUGCUUGGGGUUGGACGAGAUGCGGUGUGGUUAUUGAGGCUGGCGGCGGUGCCGGUUGCCUGGUCGGCGUGGUUGAUUUGGCGGUUGGAUGGGGCUGUGGUGACGUGA